AUGCUGAUUGAAGAACGAUUACGAGCGGGCUGGGCCUCUACGACCUGGGCUCAAUCUACUGCUUAUGUCGUUUUCGCAUUCGUGAUUUAUUUGAUUGUAGUAUUUACCUACCGCUUGACUUUACAUCCUCUUGCCAAGUAUCCAGGACCAUUCUUUGCACGCAUCACCGACUGGCCGCUGGUAGCCCAUUGUAUCAAAGGCGAUAGGCAUCUCUGGGAGUUCAAGAACCACCAGAAAUAUGGACCAAUUGUCCGUUAUGGCGCAAACUCCAUCUCCAUCUCCACCCCAAGCUCCAUCCCUCUCAUCCAUGGCCCGAAAGCCAAUGUCAAGAAAGGAGCCUGGUAUAAGACCCUCGACAUCAGCGCUGGCGCUCCUUCAGUGCAAAUGGAAAUCGACAAGCACCAGCAUGCCAUGCGUAGACGAUUUCUCGCCCCCGCGUUCAGCGAACGUGCAUUGAAAGAAGCAGAGAAACUCAUCACCAUUACCGCGAAAAAGUUGUCGACGGGUUUAAGUCAAGGAGGAGAGAAAGACUGGUCGCAACCGAAGAACUUCAGCGAUUGGGCGACCUUCUUUGGAUUCGAUUUCAUCAUUGACCUGGGAUACGGGAAGAGUUUAGAGAUGCUGGACAAAGAAGACAACAGAUGGGUGCCAGAUACCCUUAAAUCUGCUUCUGUCUUCCUCUACUACUCCGGCUACCUCCCGUUCAUCGAAGUCGUGCGUCCACUCAUGGGAACAAGCGUGCAAGACUACAUCGGUGGCAAAACAGCCGCCGAUUCCCUCAAAUUCACCAACCUGGCGAACUCGAGGCUGGCAGAUCGCAUGGAGGAGGAGAGGAUAAAAGCGCAGGCGGACGCGCAGCAGAAAGAGAAUGAGCGGAAGGACACGUUCCACUACCUACUCAACAGCAAAGAUGCCGUAACCGGGAAGUCCUUCACAACCCAGCAACUGCAAGCAGACUCGGCCCUCAUCAUCGCCGCAGGCAGCGACGGCGUAGGCCUCACAAUCGGCGCCUGCAUGUUCUACUUGCUCACCAACCCCGCAGUGCUGGCACGGCUCACCGAAGAAAUCCGCGGGAACUUCAGCUCGCUUGACGAGAUCAAGAAUCCAAAGCUAGGCGGCCUACCCUCCCUACCCCGCGAGGUACUGAAAGGGGGGUUGAACCUCGACGACCACUUCAUCCCGCAAGGCAUCACGGUCGGCUCACCAAUCUACGUGAUCCACCACGACCCAAUCGUCUUCCCGGACCCGUGGUCCUUUCGCCCCGAACGCUGGAUUGCCUCCUCCAGGGGCAACUCCCCCGAAAUGGUAUCAGCUGUCAAAGCCACCUCGAUACCGUUCUUGAUUGGCCCGCUGAACUGUAUCGGGAAGAACAUGUCGUAUAUUGCACUCAAGCUGGCACUUGCCUACAUUCUGUUCGAGAACGAUUUGAGGAUUAGUGGGGAGUUGACCGGAGGUGGGAGUCCGCUGCAGGCGGUGGAGGAGAGGAGAAGGGUGGGCGAGUAUCAGAUGGAGGAUUGGAUUUUGGGGUUCAGGGAUGGGCCGAUGGUUGAGGUCAAGGUUCGGUCUUGA